UCCAUGCACCCACCACUAACAAGUCAAGUCAAGUCAAGUCAAGUCAACCCAUAGAACAGGAAGACUUGUACUAUUUUACUUUACUAUUCAGAAGAGGAGAGAUCAGAGACAGGGGAGUAGAUCACUGCUUUCUAUUUCCUUGGCCUUUAUAAACUUCAUAUAUCUAUCAAUCAAUCCGUUUGAUCUCAGCUCAGGAUGGGAUCCACUCUUUUGGAAAUAAACCGAACCUUUGAUUGAUGGUAGGCGUCACAAGGGUUCAGACUUGUCACCAAAUUUGGUUGCUGUGUUGGAACUUGUUCACACCAAGUGCCAUCAGCCAAUUCAAUGCACAAAGGUUAAACAAGGUAGUGCAAUGGGGAUGGAAUUCCUGGUGUUUUUGGCAUUAGGCAUUGCAGUGCCGACACAAUUCUUGGAGAAGCUAUGGAACAAAGUUGAACUUCUCAAGAAUGUCUGGAAAUUUGCUACUGAGUUUCCUGAGUUGAUAAACUAUCACAAUCACCUUAAAGAAAGGGUGCAAACUCUCAAGGGAAAGAUGGAGACCUUGGGGAGUCAAGAGCAGGAUCUUAGCACACAAUUGGAACAAGCAGAGUUCCAGUCUGGAAAUAAGCGAAAAAGAGAAGUCCAUAAUUGGUUGGAAACAGUACAAAGUAAAAGAAACAAAGUGGAAAGCACAUGCCAAGACGUUCAACAAGCAAAAAUUUACAGGUAUGCAUGGUUGGAAAGUUGUGUUGAAAAGCAUAUACAAGAGGUAGAAGAGCUUAUCCAGCAAGGAAGAUUUCCUGCUGAUGAUCUUCUACUGAAAGCAUCUCAGACCAAAGGGGUGGCAUUGGUGACGACAAAGUUGGUGGGUCACGUUACACCUGAAGAAAAUAUGGAAGAAAUUUUGAGACACUUGACUAAUGAUGAGAUCUCAAGGAUUGGUGUUCUUGGCAACGCAGGAGUGGGGAAAACAGCCAUUAUGUCCCAUAUAAAUAAUAGCCUCUUAGAAAAUACCAGCACUUUUGAUCAUGUUUAUUGGCUGACAGUAUCACAAGAGUUCGAUAUUCGCACAAUGCAAAAUGACAUUGCCGGAGUGGUAGGAGUCGAUCUUCCAGAGGAGAGAGAUGAAAUGCAAAGGGCAGCGAGGUUACAUGAAGCACUGCAGAAAAGAAGUAAAAACCUACUCAUAUUAGAUGGUCUUUCAAAACAUUUCCCCCUAGAUAAGGUAGGAAUUCAAACCACAAGGGGUGGAUGCAAACUGAUUUUAACUACUCAAUCAUCAAAGGUGUGUGGAAGGAUGGGCUGCAAAAUCAUCAUGUUGAAGUCUCUUCUUUCUGAAGAAGCAGAGGAGUUGUUUAUGGAAAAACUAGGGCUGAACAGCCCACUUCCCUCGGAUUUUGAACAAAUUGCAAAGCAAAUUGUGAAAGAAUGCAAUGGUCUGCCUGGUAAGAUUAUCAAUGUGGCUGAGAAAUUGAUGGGAGUGGUGGACAUUAAUGAAUGGAAUAACGCUCUAAAUGAAGAGACGGAAUCAAAAAACAGGCUCACUGACUAAUGCAAAAUUAGUUAGUUUAGCAACUCUGAUUUUGUUGUAGUCUUUUGAAGAAUGAAACUUGUAGCAUCACUUAUUACUUUUUGGGUUGUAAUGAUUAUCGUACUAGGUUCAGCCACUAUAGAACUUCGUAUCUUUGUAUAAUUCUUGUAAGCCAGUAAUUCAGAAGUGCACUUCUGGUUUA